ACCAGGAAACAUUCACCAGUUAGUUUCCCCUCGUUCUUCCAUACGGAAACUUCAGUGUCAGUAGUAUUUUUUUUUUAAUUAACUUGCUCUCUUUACGUGGAUGGAAUAACAAUGGCGACUCUUCAAUCCCUUCUACCUUGUUGGAUGCUGGUUCGCAAAAGAAUUGGUCAAGCUAGUUGUCACGUUGCCACAGCUGGAAAAGGUCACUUGGAGAAGAUGCCGUGCCCAUUCUUAACUCGACUCUCUGCAAAUUAUGUUCGUAACUAUGGAACAUCUGUGAUAAUGAAUUAUCGUCAGCACUGCCCUGUGAUGUCUCGUUUAUCUAGUUCAUUGGCACAGUCAGUUGAUCAGCAAGUACAAGAGUCGCCAGUAGUAACACCAGAGGAGAAGUGUCCGUUUCUUUCUAAGGAACCAGAGACAGUAAGAGUGGCUAGCCCUGCUGUUGAAGAAGAUGUGAUUAAUCUGGAUGUCGCAGCUAAAGAGGAAAAUGUGUUCCCAUAUGAAGAGUUCUUUCAUGAGCAGAUAAUGCGAAAGAAAAAGGAUCACUCGUACAGAGUUUUCAAAAAGGUGAAUCGUUUAGCUGAGCAAUUUCCUGCAGCAAUGGAAUAUUCCUGGGGUGAAAAGCCAAUCACAGUAUGGUGUUCUAAUGAUUACUUAGGAAUGUCUCGUCAUCCAGAAGUGACGAAUUCUGUUCGAAAAGCUUUGGAUAAGUUUGGAGCUGGUGCUGGGGGUACAAGAAAUAUUUCCGGAAAUUCUACAGGUCAUGAGAUGUUAGAAGAACGAAUGGCCACUUUGCAUCAGAAGGAGGCAGGCCUCCUGUUCACUUCGUGUUUUGUAGCAAAUGAUUCUACUCUAUUUACUCUAGCCAAGAGCUUACCUGGUUGUCAAAUUUUCUCAGAUGCUGGAAAUCAUGCAUCCAUGAUUCAAGGUAUAAGGAACAGUGGUGUUCCAAAGCAUAUUUUUAGGCACAAUGAUGUCCAGCAUCUUGAAGAGCUCUUGUCUAAAUUGGAUAAAAAUAUUCCAAAACUUGUCGCAUUCGAAACAGUCCAUUCAAUGACUGGUGAUAUUUGUCCAUUGGAAGAGAUGUGUGAUGUAGCUCACAAGUAUGGUGCCCUGACAUUUGUUGACGAAGUUCAUGCGGUAGGACUGUACGGUUACUCCGGUGCUGGCAUUGGAGAAAGAGACUGGGUCCUUGGUAAAAUGGAUAUAAUAUCUGGUACCCUGGGCAAAGCUUUUGGAAAUGUUGGCGGUUAUAUAGUGGGAUCAUCCAAGCUAAUAGACAUGGUCAGAAGUUAUGCAGCUGGAUUUAUAUUUACAACUUCAUUACCUCCUACAGUGUUGUAUGGAGCAUUAACUGCAGUUGAAAUCUUAGCCUCGGAUGAAGGAAGAUCCUUAAGAGCAACACAUCAGAAGAAUGUAGCUUACAUGAAAUCCAUCCUUACUGCUGCAGAGCUCCCAUUGGAACCUUCGCCUUCCCACAUUAUUCCUAUAAAAAUCGGAGAUCCUUUUAUUUGUUCCCAAGUUGCUGACACCUUGAUACGAGAGAAGGGUCAUUAUGUUCAAGCUAUUAAUUAUCCAACUGUUCCAAAGGGUGAGGAGAAACUGAGGUUGGCUCCAACGCCAAGACAUACGAAACCAAUGAUGGAUAAAUUUGUUCACGACACUUUGGAUGUGUUCCAUCGCCUAAAUAUUCCCAAGGUUGAAGCAAAGCAAAACGAAAUGGCGCAUGCGAUACUGGUUCAUUGACGAAUGUUAUGGAUUAACAUCAAAAGUGAUAUAUAAAUAUUGUUGUUGUAUACAAUUUUGACAGUGUGAAACACUGAGCUACCUAGGAAGCAUUUAACGCGCAUAUUGUGGAAUAUUCAUCGGAAAAUAAUUAAAUUAAAAUAACUAUAACUACCUGUCUUUAAAAUAUAUAGCUAUGACCUUGC